AUGGUAACGAUUGUUGACGAUCUAGAUUCUUUGAGUUUGCAAGAGCCUAUAUUUAAGGAUGUUAAAUAUUACCUCUCUGGCGAUGUCUCUGAAAGGAUUAUGCUCUUGCUGCAGUCAGGUGGAGCAGAAAAUACGAAAUAUUUUUCGGACUAUGUCACACAUUUAAUUUGUGGACAAAAUGCCGCUGAUACAGACCUUGACGACGCACAGGAUAUCUAUCAGAUUCCCGCUGUAACCGAGAGCUGGGUUCUCGCUUGCGCCCGUUUGAAAAAGUUGGCCAAUCCGAAGCCAUAUACCCCAAACAAGAAUAAGAUAUUUUCGAAUGUUGUUGCAUGUAUAUCGAAACCACCACCAAAAUCAAUGGAUCGUAUAAGUGCUAUUACAGGUUUUGACUUCGAGGAAGGAAUAGCAAAGAAUGAAGUCCCUACUCAAAAUAUGACUGAGAAUAAAGAUGACAGUACACAAGCACUUCUGGACAAAUUAAAACAAAGGAUGCCAUGGAAUCAUCCCCCAUCAUCAGCUAACACUUCCACAGUGGCAACCUCAGCUAUACAGCAGCAUAUUCAGACCAAUCAACACCAUAUUCAACAAAAUCAGAACAUGAACCAAUCACCAAACACAUCUAUGAGCUCUGCACAGCAGCAAAUAGAGAACAUCAGUCAAAUGUUAAGCCAAAGUGCCAAUAAUCUACAGCAAGCCCAAUUAAACCAACAGAACUUAGCAAUGAAGCAAAGUUUAACACUAAGCCAGCAAAGUGCGGUUCAAAAUAUUGCCCAACAAUUGGCCCAGUCCACACAGAAUUUGCAGCAGAGUCUACAGAACGCUAAACUAAAUCAAAACCUAGGACAGUCUCAAGUUAUAAAUCAACAGCAAUUGAUAAACACGGGACAGCAGCUAUCAGCCCAAAACCAGAACUUAAUCCAACAGCAAACUGUUCAAUCAUUAGGCAACCAGCAACAGAAUAUAAACAUGAGUGUUGUGAACCAGCAGGGUCUUGUGACCUCAUCACAAGGUCAAGGUAACCAGGGUGUCCAGCUUAAUCAGCUUGUUGGCAAUACUGGACAACAAAAUGUUAUAAGCCAACAGAUACAAUCUGUCCAGCAGGGUCUGUCAAGCCAGCAGUCUGGUACUGUCCCAGUGCAGGGAGCAUGGAGGCAACAAAACAUACAGAUGGUCCAGAAUGUGCAGGGACAGCAUCAAAUCAUUAGAAAUCCUUUGGUGCAGACUCGAAAUCCCCAAAACCAAGUUAUAUUACAACAGAAGAUAAUGCAGACCCAACAACAGGCUUUAAUAAACAACCAGCAGGCACAACUUAGCCCGCAGCACACAAUUCAGCAAGCUUCUCAGCAAAUCUUACAACAGUCUAUUGGUUCUCAAGGGCAGACCAUAAGUCAGACUCAUCAUCAAAUAUUGGUGCAAAAACAGCAGUUGCUGAAUGGUGCUGGACAACAACAACUGGUGCAAGCCCCGCAACAGGUGUUGAUUAAUCAGCACACAGGGCAACAGCAGAUAUUGGUGCAUGGCAAUCAACAGGUCACAUUGCAAGGUGGACAGCAGAUUGUCUCCCAAAGCCAGAUUGUGCAUCAGGGCGGCCAGAUUGUGAAUCAAGGGGGGCAGCAAAUUAUCACGCAGGGUGGUCAGCAGGUCCUGUCUCAGGGUGGCCAACAUGUGAUCACACAAGGCCAACAGCACCAGGUGGUAAUAGCUCAAUCGUCUCAACAACUUGUGACCCAACAGGGGCAACAAAUCAUUGGGCAAAAUGUUGGACAAGGGCAACAGGUUUUAUCACAGGUGCCACAAUCACCGCAACCAGGGUCCCAGCUGACUGCAGGUGGCAGCAUCCAGCAAAUUAUAACACAUAGCGGAGGUCAACAGAUUGUUUCUCCUGGAGGCCAGCAAAUAGUCCAAGGCGGACAGUGGCAGCAGCAACAGUAUCUGCAAAGACAACAGAUAGGCCAACCAGGUGCUGUUGGACCGAGGGUGUCAUGGACCGCUGGCGGAGGUGGAAGGCAACUGAUCCACUUGGAUGCCCAAACACACGCACAACUGCAACAGAUGGAUCCGAAACAGAGAGCUAUGUUUGUCGCUCAACUACAGAAGAGGAGACAAUUGUCCAUACAAAGGGCUGCGGCACUAGCACAACAACAGCAACCGGGGGCAGUCGCCGGUGCGGGUGCUCCGCCCUCGCCGGCCCCCCAAAGCGUCACCUUCAUCAGGAGCCAGCUGCCUAGCGGUCUCACUCAACAGCAACAGGUGCAAUGGCUGCAGCAGCAAGGAGCUCGUGCGUCCACCAUUCCCGCCCCGGCGCCAGUACAGCCCCCACAGUCGCCCGUAGGCGGGGCCCCGGUGGCGAGCCCGGUGGGUGCCGGCGGCAGCGGCGGUGCAGCUGUAGAGAACCAGCUGCAGCAGUUGCAGAGGCAGCAGCAGUACCAGCGCUUGCAGCAGCUGCAGGCGCAGAGAGAGCACGUGGCGCACCACCACGCCGCCGUCAAGCAGGUGGUUCCCGGCGUAGCGCAGCACGUUGUGGGCGCGGCCACGUUGACCGAGCAACCGGUAGAUGGCGCGCUAAUCAGCCCCGCAUCGGACCAGCAACAAGGCGCCGCCGGGAACACGCUGCUGGUGAACCCGAAGACGAAGACUGCGCUCGCGAACAUGCUGAGCAUCCGCCUUCAAGGCGGCGCAGCCCCGCCGGACCACGAGCCUUCGGCUGCCGGGACCCUAAGGCUGAUGACGGCGGCGCACGCGGCCGCCGGCGGGGUGCGGGCGCCGACCAGGCUACUGCUCGGCCCCGCCCACCACCCGCACCAGGUGCCCGCGCCCGCCGGCGGGCCGGGCGUGGGCGUGGGUGUGGGCAACAAGGUGUACGCGAACAGCGUGGGCGUGGGCGUGGCUGGCGGCGUGGGCGUGGGCGCGGCGGGCGGCGUGAGGGCGGUGCCGCCGCGCGCCCAGUUCUACGGCCACAACCCCAACCUCAAGCUGCCGCCGGACCUCUUCCUGCUGGGCUGCGUCUUCCACAUUGUGGAGUAUCAGCAGUCGUUCGGGGCGGAGCGGGUCGCGAAGUGGACGGAGGCGAUCCAGAGGCGCGGUGGCGAAGUGGAGCCCAGCUACUGCGCCCGCGUCACCCACGUACUGUGCGAAACGCAGCGUCACGGCGUCGUCAUGCAGGCGCUGCGCGACGCGAAGCGCUGCGUGACCGCGUACUGGCUGUCGGACGCGAUGGAGCGGCGCGGCGUGGCGCCGCCGUGGCAGGCGCUGCACCUGCCCGCCAUGCACGCGCCGCGCGACCGCCCCGCGCGCCACCACCGCGCCGCGCUCUCCGGCUGGCGGCGCGACGAGCGGCGCCGGCUCGCCUGCUGCCUCGACCUCGUCGGCGCCAAGCUGACGCCGUACAUGUCGCGCGACAACACGGUGCUGGUGUGCAAGCGCGCGGAGGGCGCCAAGUACCGGCGGGCGCGCGACUGGGGCGUGCCCGUGGUCAGCGCCGCCUGGGUCACCGACCUGCUGCUGGGCAACAUGAGCGCCCUCUCACAGGUGCCCCGCCCCGCUUACCUACUCAUGCCCGGUCCCCAUAUUCAACGAACGCCCAUUGAGAAUGCCAAGUAUCAACAGUUUAACUUGGCCAGCCCGUUUCGAAUUGACUACAAUCUUGUGUCACAUUUGAUGAACGCGUGGAAGAUGCCGAUCAACAUAACGCAGGAGUCGCACGAGCGAGCGAAGCGGGGCGCCGCGGCGGCGGGGGGCGGGCGGCGCGCCAAGCGGCCGAGGCUUGAGGCGCCCGAGGGGGCGGGGGCGGGGCAGGGGGCAGGGGCGGGGGCGCCCGGCGUGCCCCCCCCUCAGCCGCCGCCGCUGCACCUGGCGCCGCGCGUGCUCUUCUCGGCCGUGCCGCCGCAAGACCAGCCGCGCCUCGCCGCCGUCGUCCGGCAACUCGGCGGUCUCGUGGUGACAUCGGCGGCGGAGGCGACCCACCUGAUAAUGGAGAAGCUCGUGCGCACGUGCAAGCUGGUCAGCUGCCUCAUCACCGUCAAGCACCUCCUCUCGCCCGAGUGGGUACUGGAGAGCCAGCGGCUGAACAAGUUCGCGGACGAAGCGAAGUUCGGCCUCCGCGACGAGACGUUCAACGGCACGUUCAAAUGCGACGUCUCCGAAGUGCUGCUGUGCGGCGAGCAGAGGAAGAAGCUCUUCGAGGGUGUCACCUUCUUCCUCACGCCGUGCGUCAAGCCCGGCCGCGCCGCCCUCACGGAGAUGAUCGAGCUGUGUGGCGGCAAAGUGGAGAAGAACCGCCGCUCGUACGUCUCCAUACAGGAGAUGCACGCGCAGCGGCCGUACAGCUACCUGGUGCUCACCGUGCCCAACGACCUUCACCUGGUCUACUAUCUGCUCCAGUCGGAGAAGACCCUGAACGUAGUCUGCAGCACUGAGGUGGUACUCUCCGCGAUAAUGCGACAGAAGCUCGAGAUCGAGGAGUUCCUCGUGAAAAUCGAU